ACUUCGGCUUUUCUCGGCCAUGGCUCAGGCUCGUUUCCGACUGGUAGCUUGUCUUCUAUGGUAACGGGACGGAGAGAGCGGUGGGGCGGACGGACUGAACCUGGGACAUGUCAGCUCUCUGUAGCCGCAGAGGUAAUAAAGUCCCGAUGGAUGGCGUGCAAUGUUCCUUGUCACCCGCUUCCCUCCGAGUGUCAUCGUAAGUUGUCGGCCUCUCACUCCUUGCCGUCCGUCCCUUUGCAUCGCGGCCUGCGGUACAGGUAAAGCCUAGGGCUGCUCCAUAAGCGUUGCCGCUCUCCAAGCCUCGUUUCAUUAACUUAUCCGAUACAGGUCUGAGGAAUUGAGGCGCAGACAAGAAUAUAACAACAAAUGAAAGACAGAUGUUGAAGUGAGUUGGUUUUAUGGUACUGGAGCACCAUGUAUUCAGAAUGGCGAUCACUGCAGCUCGUCAUUCAGAGUGACCGAGGUCACAUGAGUGUUCUGCAUAGCUACCCCAACAACGUUGGCAAAGAUGUGGCUCAUGCUGUCGUGCGUCCGCUGGGACAGGGGCUCAACAGUUCGUCUGUAAGCAGCAACGAAAGCAUUCUCAAAACUGACAAAGAGGUAAAAUGGACCAUGGAGGUGUUAUGUUAUGGACUUACUCUGCCGCUGGAUGGGGAAACGGUCAAACUGUGCGUGGAUGUUUACACUGACUGGAUAAUGGCUUUGGUAUCUCGCCGUGACUCUAUCCCCCAGCCCAUUAUCAAAGACCCAAAUUUAUAUGUGCAGACUAUUCUCAAACAUCUACAGAAUCUAUUUGUUCCCAGAAUAGAGUACGCUCACAACCAGAUUACGUUGUGUCUGCGGGUUCUAGCAGCUGUUCAGAAACUGGCUCAUGACUCUGCCAACAUGUCGAGAGAAACCUGGGAAGUACUACUGCUCUUCCUGCUGCAAAUUAAUGACACGCUUUUGGCAGCUCCAACAAUUGCAGGAGGUCUGGCAGAAAAUCUUGCCGACAAGUUAAUUGGUGUACUUUUCGAAGUCUGGUUCUUGGCUUGUACACGGUGUUUCCCAACACCGCCCUACUGGAAGACAGCUCGUGAAAUGUUGGCCAACUGGAGGCACCAUCCAGCUGUGGUGGAACAGUGGAGUAAAGUCAUCUGUGCACUGACGUCUAGGCUGCUGCAGUUUACCUACGGUCCGUCUUUUCCUCCAUUCAAAGUUCCAGAUGAAGAUGCCAGUCUGAUUCCAGCAGAAAUGGACAAUGACUGUGUUGCUCAAACCUGGUUCCGUGUCCUGCACAUGCUUAGCAAUCCAGUGGAUUUGAGUAAUCCAGCUAUAAUCAGCACCACACCAAAAUUCCAGGAGCAGCUUUUGAAUGUUAGUGGGAUGGCCCAGGAAUUGAUUCAUCACCCAUGCCUCAAGCAAUUGCCUCAGAUCUUCUUUCGAGCCAUGCGUGGUAUCAGCUGCCUGGUGGAUGCCUUCCUGGGCAUUGCAAGGAUCAAUAUCAUUCGGGAAAGGUUACCCCCUUAUGGUAUUUCCCGGCCCAGGUCUGACAGCGCUCCUCCUACUCCAGUGAAUAGGCUCAGCAUGCCACAGGCAAGCAGUACAAUGAACACCACACCCCCACACAGCAGAAGGAUGCGAUCUGUUACCGUUACAAAGGCGACUGUUAAAGCAAGCUCAGGGAGUACUGCACAUCCUCCUAAAGUAACACACCAGACUUCCACCACUUCUCCAUUGUCUAGCCCAAACCAAACUAGCUCAGAACCAAGACCUCUGCCUGCUCCGACUCGCCCCAAGGUCAACAGUGUGCUGAAUCUCUUUGGUCAGUGGUUGUUCGAUGCAGGACUGGUUCACUGCAGACUACACAGUGGCAUGAACAGAGAUGGCAGUAUGACGGCAUCUUUUAUCCAAAUUCUUCUUUCUUAUAAAUCUUGUAUGACAACUCCAGCAGGACUGGAUGUCCGUCGGAAGCCCUCCCAGAUAUCUACUGAAAACAUGGUUGCCAAUCCUCUCUUUGAUGCCAAUGAAUUUCCAGAUAACUACGAGGCAGGCAGGGCAGAGGCCUGUGGAACACUCUGCCGAAUCUUCUGCAGUAAGAAAACUGGGGAAGAGAUUCUUCCAGUUUACCUAUCCAGGUUCUACAUGGUGCUGAUCCAGGGUCUUCAGAUAAAUGACUUCAUCUGCCGCCCAGUUGUGGCCAGUAUCAUCCUGAACUCACCGGCUUUAUUUUGCUCUGAUCUGAAGGGCAUAGAUGUUCUGGUUCCUUAUUUCAUUUCUGCACUGGAAACAAUUUUGCCUGACCGAGAACUGUCAAAAUUUAAAGCAUAUGUGAAUCCCACUGAACUCCGGAGAGCUUCAAUCCACAUUCUGCUGUCGAUGAUGCCGCUCCCCCAUCACUUUGGGACAGUUAAAGCAGAGGUGCUUUUGGAAGGAAAGUUCAGCAGUGAGGAAUCCUCAGCACAUGACAAACCAGUCACCUUCCUGUCAUUGAAGCUGAGACUGGUCAAUGUGUUAAUUGGUGCCCUACAGACUGAAACAGACCACAACAACACACAGAUGAUUCUAGGCGCCAUGUUAAAUAUCGUUCAAGAUUCUGCUCUUCUGGAAGCAAUUGGUUCUCAGACAGAGCUGAAUGUUGGUGAUAACACUCACGUGUCACUCAAGAGUCACAGUCGAAACAGCAGUGGCAUCAGUAUGACCAGUACGGGCAGUUCUGAGGCCACAACACCGGAUAGUGAAAGACCAGCACAGGCCCUGCUGCGGGAUUAUGGUGGUACAGCUCUUCAUACAGAUACAGCAACGGGACUACUGAUUCGAAGCAUUCAUUUGGUAACGCAGAGAUUGAACUCCCAGUGGAGACAAGAUAUGAGCAUCUCACUGGCAGCACUUGAAUUACUCUCUGGGCUGGCCAAGGUGAAGGUGAGUGUGGACUCGUCAGACCGCAAGCGUGCGGUCAGUUCUGUGUGCAGCUACAUAGUUUACCAGUGUAGCCGGCCUGCUCCGUUUCAUUCCCGAGACCUGCACUCCAUGAUCGUGGCAGCCUUCCAGUGUCUCUGCGUCUGGCUUACAGAACAUCCAGACAUGCUCAACGAAAAGGACUGCCUAAUUGAGGUUCUGGAGAUUGUAGAGUUGGGCAUCUCAGGAAGCAAGUCAAAAACCAGUGAUCAGGAGGUACGAUACAAGGGAGACAAGGAGCUGAACCCUGCAUCAAUGCGAGUGAAGGAUGCUGCAGAGGCCACACUUACUUGUAUAAUGCAGUUGCUUGGAGCAUUCCCCUCUCCCAGUGGGCCUGCCUCACCGUGCAGUCUUCUGAAUGAAGAGACACUGAUCAAAUACUCCAGGCUGACUUCAACCAGCAAGAACCACUUCCGAUACUUUGUCUUGGACAACAGCAUCAUCUUGGCAAUGCUGGAACAACCCCUGGGCAAUGACCAGAAUCCUUGCCCCUCGGUCACUGUGCUUCUCCGGGGGAUGUCUGGGAGGCAUGCGUGGACCAUGCAACUUCACCACCAGCCAAGGGGGUCGCGAGCAAACCAGAAGGCAUUUGUCCCUGAGCCACACCCUCCUCCAAAGGGUAACAUGGGGAUCAAGUACAAUGUGAAACAUCGGCCUUUCCCUGAGGAAGUGGACAAAAUUCCAUUUGUGAAAGCUGACCUUAGCAUCCCAGAUCUCCACGAGAUUGUGACUGAUCAGAUGGAAGUUCAACACGAGAAGCUGAAGAAGUUGAUGGCCAAUCAAAUUCUCUAUGAAAAUGCGUUGGAAAAGAACAGUGAGGAGAGACUGUCGAAAACAAUAUUCCCUGAUCCAGAUACGGAGUGUUCUCCCCCUCCUCCAGCCCAGGAGUUCCAGACCGCUCGCCUUCUGCUCUCACACUUUGGCUUCCUUUCUCUGGAAGCCCUGAAGGAACCAGGCAACAGUCGUCUUCCUCCUCAUCUUAUUGCACUGGACUCCACUCUCGCUGGAUUCUUUGAUGAUAUCAGCUACUUGGACUUGCUGCCCUGCAGACCGUUCGAAACUGUCUUCAUAUUUUAUAUGAAACCCGGACAGAAAACCAGUCAAGAGAUUCUCAGGAAUGUGGAAUCCACCAGUAAUGUGCAGUCUAAUUUCCUGGAAUUCCUCUUGUCGUUGGGAUGGCCAGUAAAUGUUGGAAAGCACCCGGGCUGGUCAGGCCACAUCUCAACCAGCUGGCUCAUUAAUACAACUGGUGGCAGCGAAGAGGACACGUUGUCCCCCGACGAUACUGGAGGAGGUAUUUUUAGCGGGGAGAAGAAUGCGCUGUACUAUGCGGAUGCCUUGACAGAGAUCGCCUUUGUUGUUCCUUCUUUUGUGGAGUCAUCCACAGACUCGUUGGAGAGCGGACUUGGAACACAAGAGACGGAGACACAAAUGGACCUGCUGCCCAGUCUCCUGAAACAAGCCCCACUGACCUUGGAGCUCUUCCCAAAUCACUCCGACAAUCUUGGCAAUUCCCAAAGGCCAAGUCCGACACAGAAAAGCAAGAGGCUUCCACUGGGCCGAACCGUGCCUCCACUGGGCCCUGAAACCAAGGUGGUGGUUGUGUGGGUCGAACGCUUCGAUGAUAUAGAAAACUUUCCUCUCACUGAUCUCCUGCCAGAGACCAGCACUGGAGUGGAGACAACCACAAACAGCAGCACAUCACUCCGGACCACUGCAUCAGACAAGGACGUGCCUGUCGUUUUCAUUCAUCCCCUGAGGACCGGUCUCUUCAGAAUAAAAGUGCAAGGGGCCACGGGCAAAUUCAGCAUGGUGAUCCCACUGGUGGAUGGGAUGGUUGUGAGUCGCCGAGCUUUAGGGUUUUUGGUCCGACAGACUAUAAUCAACAUCUGCCGACGGAAGAGGCUGGAGAGUGACUCCUACAACCCACCCCAUGUCCGUAGGAAGCAGAAGAUUGCUGACAUUGUCCACAAGUACCGCAACAAGCUGCUGGAGCCAGAGUUUUACACCUCGCUCUUUCAGGAGGUGGGACCAAAGCCCCUGAACCCGUAGGUGACCGGGAGCCAUGCAGAGUAUUUAUAAGCUAUUUUACUACGUAGACGGGAUGCGAGGCAUGGACUGGUCUCCAGAGCUCGGGGAAGCAGAGUAUGCCAGCUGGUUCUGUGUCAAUGUGUAUUAAGGACGUAAACUUGAUUUUUGAGAAAUAUAUAAAACCCAUUUUAUACUGAACUUCAAGACAGCCUUACUGAACAUAACCAAAUUUCUGUACAGUACCUGAACUCUGUAUUAUGUACCGUAUCUCUGAUCGGCUGUGUGGCAGGCACGGUGUGUACAGUGCUGGCGUUUUAGCCCCUGGACCUUGCACUCAACCCACACACACAAGGGGCAGUCGUGGAGAUGGUGACUCUGGCGCAGCUGCAGUCACUCCAGCACAACCGGCUCUCGCUCUUCAUAGAGGUCACUAUUGCUGAGGCUGAGAGCAGGGCGAGGGAGAUCUCCUUUCAUCUGUUGGCCUAGAGUAGUGAAUUACCCAUUUACCAUUGAAUUCCUGAUACCAGCCAGUGUGGUUUGGUGUAGGCUAACAAGCACGUUCUGCCCUCAUUCCCACGGUGUUGGCAUGUUUAGCAUUGUUUCAUACAGUCCUUGCAUUAGUGUAAUGACCAAUGCAGCUGGGAGACAUCAACUUACCUUUCCGGUGCCCUGGAACAAACAGGCAGAUGUGUUGAAAUGCGGAAAAUGCAGGCUUUGUCACUUCCGAACAGAAAAUGAGGAAUUAAAAGUCGGUGAGAAAUUAGGAGAAGGCGGUGGUUUGAAAGAAUGAAGAAGUUCACAAGGAUGAUGAUAAGCGCUCCACGUCCCAACACUACAGCUGUUCAUCAUUCUAUCGCCAUCCCUUGUCAUUAGAAGUUCAACCACACUCGGAGAACCCCGCUUGUGUUCAACCUUGGGAGAACUGCAGUGUUUUGUAAGCUUUUAUCUGCAUUAUGCUGGCAACCAGUGGCAGUCCCAUUCCUGACGCAUGGAUGAGCACUGGUGGCAUCUUGUUCCUCCUUGUGUUCCUGCAAUGGUUCUGCAGCAGACCUUGUGUUGUCUCAGGAAGCUGCACUCAUUUGAGGCUCCCCUAUUUGCCUCCCUGUCAGAUCCCUUACAGGGAGGCAAAUAUCCCAUGUUCACAGUAAAUCCGACUAAGGUCAACGUAGCGGCUGACUUGUGCGUGGGAAACCACCGACCUCAGCCGUAGAUAAAAUAACACCAUCGUGAAAAUGCCUGAGUUUGUUCCAAAGCCUCCCACACAUCACACACAACAUUACUUUCUUUCAUAAAUCACAAGACAUUUAAAAUACUUGUACAAUUUUUAGUUCAGUUCAGCAUUAUUUUAAGCAGUCUUUAUUCUGUUUUAGGGAAUAAUUGUUACUUUUACAACUCUCUCUGUUUGCAGUGUUUGUGUCAUUUGUCAAUGGAGCCAUGUCAUGCAUCAUUCUCCAACCAAAGAUGAAAGUAAAUGAAUAUAACUUCAGUGAACAGUAAUUGAUGUCAUUCAGUAGGCUGGUAGCUCAUUGAGCCAGAGUCUUCAUAUUCAAUCUUAUCCUUCAGUAUUUCCCCUGUCUUAAAUACAACCUGAAUUAGAAACAACAUUUGCAUGUGUCAAUGGACACAGAGCAGACAUCGAUAGCCUGCAUACAACUACUCUGGAAGCCACAUUCUAAAAAAUAAACACAUUUCAACCAUUUUUUUCGGUAGCCACAAAAAACAUUAAAAGGCAGCAGUUUGUGCUUGGGGGGAGAUGGGUUGCCCAGGGUGCACAGCAUUGACCAGGCACUGACCCUUCACCCAGUCAGGUACCGGUAUGCCAAGGCCAACUCUACUGGUUCGGGAAGUGAUCUGCGUGUCUCAAUGGUUUGGUUUGAGAAAUGGAGAUUGGUUUUGGUUAUUACUGAAUUGCCGUUGGUUGUCCAGUCUGUCACGAUGUCUUGAGUGACAAUGUGAUAACUUGUGUAUUUGUAGUGCAGGAGAUUUUACAUAAAAAGAUUGUGAUUGGAGUCGGGGUGCAGACUGCAUUUAGUUUUCACUCUGCACAUAAAUGGAUGUUCCAAGUGUGUGCCUCCUGAACAUAGCGGCCAGUGGCUGUACUCCAGCAGUUGUCAUGCAGCAAUGCUGAUGGGCGGGAAAGAGCAGGGCUUGCAGGUACGUGAACCCCUGUGUGAGGUGGGGCCUUUGUACUUUGUCUGCAAAAUGGCCUCUUUAGUUUGUGAAACCUGUGUGUGAUUUUACAAAUCCCUAAUCCAUAACUCGCUCUUCUCUCAAUCUCCUUCCACACAUUGCUCCCAGGUAUCAGUGCGGCUGCCAGCUCUUCCAUCAGUAACAGAAGCACAGGGAUUCACAUCCAUGUCGCUGAGUGAAACAGCAUUGUCACACCUUUAGUUUUGCUAAUUUGGUGUGCAGUAAUGCAAUUCUGGUUUUGUCUGAAGCAAACACAAAAGGUUGAGUUAUCAAAUUCCCUAACCAUACUUUUCAGUCAUUAGGAUUUUUGUUCCUCAAAAACCAGACCCUGACCUCGGAUUGCACAACCAGCGGAGUGUGGUUGAAGCAGUAAAAGUCCUGAAUUCAACAAAUAGAACUAAACUGGCUUGCGGUGUUCAGCACUCAUUAAAUUAAAAAUCAUCCGUUUCUGGGAAUGUACCGCCUGCGAGGCUGCCUCUGUGUUGUCAUUGUGCAGAAUGAUAGUGUGAUAAAUUGCCCCAGCUCCCGAGGGCCUGGCCAGAAGGCAGCAGGUCAGAGCACACCAUGCCUGGUGUGUUGCAGUUUCUGCUUCAAACCCCACUCCCAUGCACGUACAUCCUCGGUAGCAAUGAACACAUCAGCUCUGCCACCUAAACCACUCCCUUGAUCUACUUCUCAAAAUGAAUGUGUCAUAUUUUUGUGUGUGUGUGCCUUGCAUAACAAGAAAACAGAAUUGAUAGACAUAACAUUUUUAGUUUUUGCAUUUAAUUAUUCAAGAGCUAUCCCCAGUUACCCAGGCAGAGACAGAUCCAGUUUUGGAAACUUUUGUCAGUGGACUUGUGGAGUGUGCAAUGUGUUGUUGCUGCUUGUUGCUCUCCAUCCUGUGCUGGGAGAAUAGAUGGAAUCUCACUGAGAUCGUCUCAUUAUUGAC